UCGACUGAUUUGAAAUGACUUCUGAAAAUAUUUGCUGGUUUCAUAUUUUCUUCGUUAUAUUUUGUGCCUUGAAUGCGAACACAGUAACGGCAACCGGUGAGUUACUCAAAAAAUACAUCAGUGAGCCUAAAGCCAUCUGCAAUGACAAUUCUAGAGCCACAUUUUAUAUUGGAACGAAAGCUUCUAAGAAAUGGAUCGUGUUCUUCGAAAGUGGCAGAUUUUGUUCCUCUUUCGCCGACUGCAACAGACGUUACUUAAGUAAAAAUUCAACGAUGUUGAUGACUUCGAAGAUGUUGCCUGAUAGAGUUACUGGGCGAGAUUUUCUCUCUGCGUCUAGCAGCGAAAACCCAGCGUUCUUUCAAUACAAUCACGUUCUCGUCCCAUACUGUAGCAGCGAUCUGUGGCUUGGUUUGAAAACUAAUCCUAACAAACCGUUCAGUUUUGUGAACGAUUCAUUCGUCGAUAACUUCAGUUUUAGAGGACAGACGAUUUUUCGUUCGGUUUUUGCGGACCUGCUACAGCAUCAUGACUUGGCCGACGCUGAAGAGAUUAUUCUUGCAGGUAGUAGCGCGGGUGGGAUUGGUGUUCUAAAUCACGCGGAUUGGGUUUUGAAGCAUGUGGUGGAAACAAAUACUUUCAACGCCAGACUUUUGUCUUUAAUCGACUCGGCCUGGUUUAUCGACUUUCAGGAUAGUCUCCGGGACAUGGUGAAUCCCAAGUUCACAUCAUUCGCAAAUAUUUCGUCUCGUGCAUGUUUAGAUUAUUCGCCUGGUCACACUUGCUGUCCUUCAGCAACAUGCAUGAUUGCGCGCGGGUAUUAUCCUGCGAGCGUCCCUUUACUUUUGAUCUCAAGCAUGUAUGAUAUCUUUAUGUUUGGUGAAGUUUUUAAGAAACUGGAAGCUGAAGGAAAAGCAUCGGAUGAGUACUCUGCAGAUUAUAUAUCUGCUCUCAACAUGUAUGGUGGCGCUAUGAAUGAAUCUUUAUCGUCACUGAAUGUGAGUUUCUUCGUACCAGCUUGUUUUCAGCACAUUUAUUUUGCCACCUCAAGCUUGUGGGACGAGAAUGGGAUCUUUCCUCCCUCAAUGGAAGUUGCAGUUGCGAAUGCAAAAGUUAGGAACACAGUGCAAAGGGAAUACUGGGAGAAAACAAAAAUCCCGAUAGGUUCUAAGAAGAUCAGCAUCAGAGAUUUCGUGACGACGUGGGUGAAAUCACCUGACGGUUCCAUGAAAGUGACUGACAGCUGUAUCGGUGCUCAGUGUAACCCUACGUGUCCCAAGCAGUUGUUUUUUAUAGAUCCAGCGGUGAACUGGGUCGAGGUAGUCAAGACUUGCAUUAUCAUUCUGUCCCUGCUUAUCACAGUCACGUGCUUUGGUUUGAAGGCCGUAUUCAUGCUAUAUCAGUAUUACCUGUCAAAAAAACAAAAGCAGUACUUGACUGAAACUGAAACUGUAGAGGUACACAAAGAGCUGCCUCCGGCACAACCCGCUGAUGCAAUCAGUAUCGCGUGUUUGGCACUCAGCUACUCCGUCGACGUACGCGAGAGGAAAACAAAGAAAAAGAAAGUCGUGAAGGCCACUCGUGCAAAUCCUAUAUGCAAUUGGAAACAAUUAAAUAUGUUUGGUGCGGUGUUUAUAAAUGGAGUUCCUAGAAGUCUUGGUAAUGUGCACAAAUGGUAUGCUCGUAAAAUUGGUUACGUGUUACAGCUGGCUGUGCCUUACUAUGAAGAACUCACUGUGCGGCAGAAUCUUCUUUUCGCUGCUCACAUGCGGCUGCCUAAGUCAAUGAGCAACGCAAAGAAGUUUGAACGCGUUGAACAGAUACUUGCUGAGAUCGGUCUUACUUCUUUGGCUGAUACAGUUGUUGGUGGGUCUGUUGGCCAGGGUCUUAGUGGAGGACAGAAACGUCGAUUGUGUGUCGCUCUUCAGAUGAUAAAUUUGCCAUCUGUGCUUUUCCUUGAUGAACCAACCUCAGGUCUGGACGCAUCAUCUUCCCUGGAGCUGUUGAAUCAUCUCAAUCUUGUUGCUGAGUCCGGCAGACUUGUUAUUCUCACCAUACAUCAGCCCAGGCUGGAAAUCUUCCAUCUUUUUCACAAGAUCAUCUUUAUGUAUGAUGGUCAGGUGGCAUAUUAUGGCGAGCCUACUCUGGCCCCGACUCUUUUUCUUAAAGCCUAUCUGCAGUCAACAACCGAAGGAUUUCGGCUCAGUGAAGACGCGCCAAAAAUUGAUGCCACAAAUCCCGCAGGGUAA